AUGGAAAUCAAAGCCAGGGUCUCAGAUGCCCAGUUGUUGAGAGAGAGAGCCAAAGUUGAAAGUGGUUCAGAACCAACUAUAUUGUGGCAGGAAGAUAUUUUCUUUCACGUAUCCCAAGGUCGACUAAAACUGCGCAAAACUAAGGAUGUCAAAUCAGAAUUGAUUGCAUAUGAAAGAGUGGAUACUGAAGGGGCUAAGCCAUCGGAUUAUGAUAUUGCAAAUGUUGCUGAUCCGGAUUCUUUAUGUGCCGUAUUGACGCGUGCUUUAGGCGUGAAAGGAAUUGUGAAGAAGAAACGCGAAUUAUAUAUGGUUGGUCAGACAAGAGUUCACCUGGACGAAGUAGAAGGAUUAGGAAAUUUUAUGGAAUUAGAGGUUAUCAUGAAAGAAGGCCAGACCAAAGCAGAAGGAAUUGCAAUUGUCAAUGACUUAAUGAAAAAACUCAAUAUCCAAGAAUCUGAUCUGAUUGACCGGGCCUAUUUGGAUUUGUUGCUGGAUAAAGAACACAGUUAA